UUAAUGCUCGCCAUUUCUCCUGAUUAUACCUUUUCCUGCAGUCAGUAAAGUAUCACAAAGCGCCUGAUAGUUGGCGUCAUCUAAAUCGGGGUUUAUGUUCCGCGUUAAACUGAACAAUAACAAAACAAAUGUCUAAAUCUCACACAUGCUUCUGGUUUUAUGAUUAUUUUUUAAAUAUUUAAAUAGAAAUUCCACGUCAGGGUAGCUAUUUUGAUCAUUUCAAAGCGGUUCCAUUAAUUGAACUCAAACGACUCCCCCAUAAAUGGUACAUUCCACGUGAUAACGUCCAAAACAAAACCGGCAAGUGGGUGCUGGACAUUAGCGUUUAAUCUAGAGGCAGGCGUGUCUAUCAUACUGAAACUGAAUCCGAACUACGGCGAGCAGCUACAGUUACACGAACUCUCAGGCAUGGCUCUGCAAAUAUCAACCCUAUUUUCAUAUGUCCGAGCCCUCCCCGGCACGGCGGCCCCUCUGCUCCGUGUCCGUGCUAACUACCACGGGGCAAGCGUCAAGUUCAGUCACUCCGUGGGUCCUCAAAGCCCUCAGCAGGCUGUGAAUCCAGCUACAGGUCCUGUGCUCGGCAUUAUUAAGAAGUUUACAACAACAGCAGCACUUGGGAGUUCGAGUCAGGGGAACCGUUUUUCCUCACCCCAGCAGAGGGGAGGUUGGUUCUGGCUGGGUAAAAUCACCCAGGCUGCAGUCCUCGGAGUGAGUUCAGUUGCCCUGAUUGUGUCUUUCCACACCGGGAGCUUGGCCGCCAUGGCCCGCAAAGUUAACCUGAACUCUGCAGAGGGAGACUGGAAGGAGACCAAGGAUGGUCUUAUGUCUAUGACAGUGAAGGAAAGACGUCAGUACUACAGGACAUCAGGCUUUGUGCCCCUGGAGGAUGUCCCAGUGUGGACUCCCUCAACAGGUGGUUCCGAGGUAAGCCACUACCCAAGAAAUGAAAAAUUGACCCAGAAGAUCUCCGUCUACAGCGGUGACAUCACCAAGCUUGAGAUCGAUGCCAUUGUUAAUGCAGCCAACAACACCCUGCUCGGUGGAGGAGGAGUGGACGGAGCCAUCCAUCGUGCUGCAGGUCCUGUGCUAAAAAAGGAGUGUGCUUCCCUCCACGGGUGCGAGACUGGGGAGGCCAAGAUCACCUGCGGCUAUGGCCUGCCAGCAAAGUAUGUGAUCCACACCGUGGGGCCGAUUGCUCAUGGAGGAGUCGGUGAGAAGGAGAGCAAAGCUCUGAGAGCGUGCUACUACAACAGCCUGAGGAUAGCAGCUGACAAUGCUGCGCGAUCUGUGGCUUUUCCCUGUAUCUCCACCGGAGUCUACGGAUAUCCACCUGAAAAGGCUGUACACGAGGCGCUGGCAACUGUAAGAGAGUUUCUGGAUGAACAUCACGACAAGAUGGACAGAGUCAUCUUCUGUGUGUUUCUGCCCACGGACAAGGAGCUGUAUCUACAGAAUCUUCCACUCUACUUCCCUGCUGCCUGACCAGCGACAGCAGCUUUUUGUUCAGACGAUGGCAGCGUCAGGAGUAAACUGUGAGAGUGGAUCUGUCAGAGUGUGUUGCCGUAGCUACACUCUGCCUGCUGUGCUCAACGUCCCGAUUCCUCCUCCACCUCCUCCACCUCCUCCUCAUUGUUGAAGCACAUCCAGACCUUCUCCUGCUGGAAGAUACAGUGUGAUUGCUCCUUUUGAAGGUUAAAGUAGCUGGGUUCCUCCUCUGCAGAUUUAGAUUACCCUCUCUGCUUCUUCUUCUUCUUCUUCUUCUUCUCUUAAUGUUUCAGGAUUUAAAAAAAGAAGGUGUCAGAAUCACAGUGUGUGAGAUUGUUAGGAGUUGAGAAAACAUUUCGUUUCUGUGAUCACUGGUUGAUUUGCAUUAGAUAUAAGUCUGCAGUUUGCACUCUGUGAAAUCUGAAAUUCUAUUGUGUGAGUGUGUGUGUGUGAGUGAGAGCAAGUGAGCGUAUGCAUGUGUGCCAGACAAUGACAAAAGCUUAUUAAAAUGAAUUGCACAGGCCCGUGCUAUCUGGGAAUUGAUUAUUUCUCAAGAUGCAAUAUGAGUCGGUGAGCUGAGGCACCACAAGAGAACACUUGACAUGAAUAUUUCCUUCCUUGUUUUCUCCAGUCUGCAAGUGACAGAGAAUUACUCAAGUACUUUUCUACCAGUAUUUGCGUAUUUCUGUGUAAAUGUACUCCUAAUUCUACUCAUCGCAGCUCCGGCUGACAUCAGAGUUUGUCAGAGGAAACUCCACCUCAGUAUUCCAUACAGUUUGCAUUGAGUAUAUAUAUAUAGAACACACUGCACUGGCGGUAGUGCUGCGGUGUCAAUAUCGAUGUGAUAUAUUUUCAUUGUUAAUGUUUUUUCCAAUACAGUGUCAGACUCCGACAAAUGUCAGGUAAUAAGGACGUCAGAUAAAAAACCCCUCGGUGCGUUUGAAUGUACGAGUCCAGCUGCUAAGUUUCAUCAUCUGUAAUUAAAGUUAGGAUCUGUAGGAAUGA